GAAGGCGGCGUUCCGCCAUUUUGUGGACGUCGGGGGAGUAGCGCAACAGCUGCGCGGGGACGGAGCCGGGAGGAGCGGGAAAAACCCAGUUAAGCGGUGGGAGUUGGAUCCCCGCCUGUUAAGCCACAGCACCCGAGAUGCAUCGUGACUCUUGUCCGCUCGAUUGUAAGGUUUAUGUAGGUAACCUUGGUAACAAUGGCAACAAGACUGAAUUGGAGCGAGCUUUUGGAUAUUAUGGACCGCUCCGGAGUGUGUGGGUUGCAAGAAAUCCUCCCGGCUUCGCAUUUGUUGAAUUUGAAGAUCCCAGAGAUGCAGCUGAUGCUGUUAGAGAACUAGAUGGAAGGACACUUUGUGGCUGUCGGGUACGGGUGGAACUGUCGAAUGGGGAGAAAAGAAGUCGUAAUCGUGGUCCACCACCUUCUUGGGGUCGUCGUCCAAGGGAUGAUUAUCGGAGAAGAAGUCCUCCACCCCGCCGCAGAUCACCACGAAGAAGAAGCUUUUCUCGAAGCAGGAGCAGGUCCCUUUCAAGAGAUAGAAGAAGAGAGAGAUCACUGUCACGGGAGAGAAAUCAUAAGCCUUCUCGUUCCUUUUCCAGGUCUCGUAGUCGCUCUAGGUCAAAUGAAAGGAAAUAGAUCAUCGGCCUUCAAGAGGAGUGAUGUACAGGAAGUAGCCCUUCAUUUGACAGGAGCAUGUACAGAACAUUACAAGUUUUGUUUGAGCCUUCAUAAGCUCAGUGCAUUUUUAAAAUGUUUUAGCUGUUAAAAUUUGUUUAUUGUCUUGUAACGGUGACACAUGUAAAGAUGUGUAUCUGUAUGGUUUGAAACAGAUCAUAUAAGGCAUGUAAUACCAAGAAUUUGUUACUUUACAAUGUUCCCUUAAACAAUAUUUUAAUUUCUAUUCAGUUUAUUUUGCAUCAAUUUGCAAAUAAACCUGUAAAACCUGCAGUGGCCAAAAAUGACAUCCUGACUGUGUCUUCUGGGGGCGGGAAAUGACAGAUUUAUAUUGGAGAGAGUCUUGGUUUUUGUCCACGGUAGUUACAACAUAAUGCAAUGCUUCAAAGCUCCUCCUAGAAUAGGCCAGCAGGUAAAUUGGGAAGUAAAAAGUAUACAAAAAUAAAACAUUUAUUCAAAUCAAAAGGUGUGAUGGGUUUUAGAAAAGAAGAAAAAAAAUCAUUCUAAGUGGACACAUCUUAAGUAAAAACCAUAAGAGGUUUUGAGGAAGUUUAGUUUUUCUACUUAAGGUCAUGGAUUCUUUGUAGUUGAUGCACUGUGAGUAAAUAACUGGUGAUAUUCAAAAUUAACCAUUCACACAAAUUUUCAGUUUAAGGGUACAUUGUAGAGAUGAAACUUUUGAGUUACUGUGCAAGAUUUUUUUCAUGAUGUCAUUUGUAACAUGUUUUGUGAGACCUUCGGGAUUAAAGUUUUGGUUACAAAUUGUUGCUUAACUUGAAUACUUAAAGUUUUCCUUGUAGAACCUAAUUCAGCCUAUGAGCUUGGUACAUGCAGUCCAGGUUUAAACAUUCCUAUCAGAAGCCAUACUUAUAUUUUUCUUGUUAAAGUGCUUUUGGAGUAAUAAAAUACUAGCUAGCCUAUUUGUGUGAUAGCCAGUUGAAUCCACUGUUCAUAACAGUUCUUGUAUAAAAGCAGUUGAUUGCACAAAGCUGCUAUUUUAUGAGUUGGACUUGAUUACUUUGAGAGUGGUUUCUUGGUGGGAUGGUUUGUUCUGCUAGGUAAUCAGUUGCCCACUCCUUAAAAAGAAGCCAGUUCAGGGUUCAUGAUACCGAAACUUGCUCAGAUGAAUAAAUCCAAGAUAUAUUUCAUUGUAACCCCAAUUGAAACCACCUUAGAAGCUUUCAGCAUGAAAACAAUUCUCACUUCAAUUUAGAUUUGCUUCCAUUCUAUAAGUUGAGGUCUUGCAUGGGAAUUCCAAACUAAGCAUCAUGAUGUAAAAUUCACAUUAAAGCUCAAAUGUAACAGUACAGAACUGAAAAUAUGGAGGCAUGCUUAACCUUCCUAGAUACUGGGAAGGAUUGUAAUUUCAAACUUUUGUGCACUUAGAUUAAAUCAUAAUGCAACAGUU